UCCAGAUUGCUUUGUGUAUAUCAUUGCAAGAAUCUGUAGUUUUUAAUACCCAUUUAAGAUCUCAAACCUUGAAAAGCAUAUCCUCUUCCAUAUCCAUUCACAUUCAAUAAUACUAUACAAAAAUUUUUGUUUAAAGAUGGAUGAUUUCUGUUCAUUAUUUCCUUUACAGCAACAAGAUGGAUUUUUGCCUAAAAGUACAAGUUUUUCUACUACGAUCCUGGAAUUCACAAUCCCACAAAAUCAAGUAACUGAUCAUUCUCCCUUAAACAUUAAUAAUAAGGGAAAAAAGCAGCAGAAAGCGUCAACAUCGAUGGAAAAUAGUAACCUGCAGAAAAAAAUCGUGCACAGAGAUUUUGAAAGGCAAAGGAGGCAAGAAAUGGCCAAGCUUUAUGAGUCUUUGCGUUCAGUAAUUCCUCAUGAACUUCUCAAGGGUAAGCGUUCAAUAUCUGAUCAUAUUCAUGAGGCUGCUAACUAUGUAAAAUACCUUCAGAAUAAUAGUAGAGAAUUGGAAUUCAAGAGGGAUAAACUCAAGAACUUGGUCCCCUCGAAUGAUCCGGACUUCAAAAAUGGAAAAUUUUCUGUCACGGUCAAAUCAUGUGCUGUUCAUAUUGAAGUUUUGAUCAGUGGUGAAUUCACAGCAGAAGGGCUUCCCCUAUCAAGGGUUCUUGAAAUACUGCUUGAAGAAGGCCUUAAUAUCAUUAAUUGUUUUUGCACCAGAAUUGAUGGAAAAUUAUAUUACACGAUCCAUUCUGAGGUCGUUCCCACUGUCAAUCUUCAUAUGCUGCAACAAAAACUGAGUUACAUGAUUAGCACUCAGAUAAAUUUCAAGUGAUUUACUCUUUUUGGAAGAUUUCAUAUGAACUACAGAAUCAAAGCUGCAGGCCUUCCAAAACUUCGUUUCAGUGUGAAAUGUUUCUUGGAUGUGUUUAUCGAAUACUUCUUGAUAUUGCCAGGUAUUGUAAAGAUGAUGCAAUUGAGGCUUCUAGCAAUAGAAGGGUUUUUAUUUUCUUGCUUAAUUCUAAAUCUUUAUUUAUUUUUUAAUCAUUUUAUUAGUCUUUAGUUUUCCGCUUAUAUGCUGCUAUUGGUUUUGGCUGUUUAUAGUAUUAAGUAAAAUCUUCCUGCAAAAUCAGCAAAAACGCCAACGCUAACUAUAAUGAAGCGGCUGAAGAUCUAGUCACGCGACAGGGCUGCACUUUGCCAAAUCAAAUGAACUCCGUGUUUCCGUUGUUGAAUGUGAUUCGUUUAAGGCGAUUUAGUCCGUAACAUCUGAAUUAGUUUUGUAUCUUAUGCUCUUGUAGCUUUAUUAGAGGAAGUAAAAUGUGUUUCGAGUCACUUUUUAUCGA